AUGGCCUUUUCAGCCCGUAGGCGUUGCCCUUGCAGCCAUGCCUGCCUCUACAGCCUGUGGGAGCUGCCUGUACAGCACGUGCACCGCCCUAAACCCUGCUCGUCGCGACGCCCCUGCGGGACCCGCGCGGCGUCCCCCCCCUGCUCGUCGUGGCGCCCCCCCUGGGCGUCGUCCCUGCUCGUCGCGGUGCCCCCGGGGCGUCGCCCCUGCUCGUCGCGGCGCCCCCUGAGCGCCGUCCCUACUCAUCGCGACGCCCCCCGGGGCGUCGCCCUUGCUCGUCACGGUGCCCCCUGGGCGCCGUCUUUGCUCGUCGUGACGCCCCCGGGGCUUUGCCCCUGCUCGUCGCGGCGCCUCCUGGGCGACAUUCUUGCUCGUCGCGGCGCCCUCGGGGCGUCGCCUGUCAGAUGGCUGGAGAACAUCUGUGAUUGGUGCAUUUCCCGCCAGCUCCGAUGGGGCCACCGCAUCCCCGCAUGGUACGUCACCUUCGACCAAUCAGACGAGGCUGCCGCCCGUGACUUCCCUGUCCGCGAAUUCGGCGCAUACAACACCAACUGGGUCGUCGCCCGCACCGACGAAGACGCGCGCCGGGCAGCCAAAAAGAAGUUUCCGGGCAGGAAAUUUGAGCUCGGGCGGGACCCGGAUGUGCUCGACACGUGGUUUUCGUCGGGGCUGUUUCCAUUUUCAGUGUUUGGGUGGCCGGAGGAGACGGCUGACUUCAAGACAUUUUACCCAACCGCGCUGCUGGAGACGGGGCAUGACAUUCUCUUCUUCUGGGUUGCGAGAAUGGUGUUCAUGGGGCUGAGACUCACUGGGCAACUGCCAUUUAAACAAGUGAGCGAGUGGAAAGGAGUGAAAAGUGGUUGCCAAGGUAUACGAAGGGAUGAAAGGGAUGUUCAAAUGGUGCUAUGGUUUUAUACCGCGCUUCUGGAGACGGGGCAUGAUAUUCUCUUCUUCUCGAUCACCAGAAUGGUGUUUAUGGGGCUUCGGUUUACCGGGCAGCUGCCCUUCAAGCAGGUGUAUCUGCAUGCCAUGGUGCGCGACGCUCAUGGCCGAAAGAUGUCAAAGUCGCUGGGCAACGUGAUUGACCCUCUGGAGGUGAUCAACGGCAUCUCCCUGCAGCAGCUGCAGGCGAAUCUGGAGCAGGGGAACCUUGACCCCCGGGAGGUGAAGAAGGCCCAGGCAGGGCAGGCUGCAAAUUUCUCCAACGGGAUCGCUGACGUGAUGGCAAUCACCCUGCAGCAGCUGCAAGCAAACCUGGAGCAGGGCAAUUUGGACCCGCAGGAGGUGAAGAAGGCGCAGGCAGGGCAGGCUGCGGAUUUCCCCAAUGGGAUCGCCGAGUGUGGGUGUGAUGCUCUGCGCUUCGCGCUUGUCAACUAUACUACUCAGUGCAAGACCGCUGUUUUCUUUCCUUCCCCCACCCACACCUCUUGUCCCUCGUCCUUUCCCAACUUGUCCUCCUCCCUUCCCCAGUGGAUGAACAUCAAUCUGAACAUUGAGCCAGCUACCCCCUCUGGUGAUUUUACCACUUCUCAAAGGCAACAAGCUGUGGUUGUGAGACGACUCACUCAAUGCUCACCUACCCCAUCUCCUCCCGUCUCCUCCCCUCUUCCGGCCCUCUCGGUUCUCUCUUCCCUCGCUCCUCCCUCCUUCCUCCUCCCUCCUCCCUCCUCCCUCCUCCCUCCUCCCUCCUCCCCUCAGUUGAUGAACAUCAACCUGGACAUUCAGCAAUGGAUGAACAUCAACCUGGACAUUCAGCGAGUGCACGGCUACCGCCUCUGGUGCAACAAGCUCUGGAACGCAAUCCGCUUCGCCAUGCUCAACCUCGGGGACUCCUUCACGCCCCCGUCCGUGCUCCCCCAACCCACUUCCUCCGAUUCCUCCUCCUCUCCUGCCCUCACUCCCACGCUCAACUUCGCCUUUUCUGCACCGCUCCCCCUGUCCUGUCGCUGGAUUCUCUUGGUGGUGAAUGUUGUGGUUACACGUACGGUAACUGCACUGGAGGGGUAUGACCUGGCAGAGGCGACCAACGCGACGUACGUGUGGUGGCAGUACCAACUGUGCGACGUGUUCAUUGAAGUGGCCAAGCCGGCUUUCAACGCAGCCGAAGGGGAGGAAGCCCUGAAGCUGAAGCAGGUGGGUGAGUGGUUGCUGCCAGACAGGGAGGAGGCCCUGAAACUGAAGCAGGUGGGUAAGUGCAGCUCAGCUGUGCACGCAUGGUGGCAGUACCAGCUGUGCACGCAUGGUGGCAGUACCAACCACGCUGGCCUCCGGCUGCUGCACCCGUUCAUGCCAUUCGUCACGGAGGAGCUCUGGCAGCGCCUGCCCAAGCCAGCCGACUACUCGUGGCCGUCCAUCAUGCUCGCACCUUAUCCUUCGCCCGUCAAGCGCCUGCCCAAACCCGCCGACUACUCGUGGCCCUCCAUCAUGCUCGCCCCCUACCCCUCGCCCGUCAAGGUACGCGAAGCAGAAGAAUCCCUUCCUACUCGGUCAAGUCAACAGCCUAUCACUCUCACUGCUGCAUCCCUUCAUGCCAUUCGUCACGGAGGAGCUCUGGCAGAGCUUGCCCAAGCCAGCCGACCACUCGUGGCCGUCCAUCAUGCUCGCCCCCUACCCCUCGCCCGUCAAGAUCCUCUCCCACACUUUCACCCCUAUUCACACAUUUGCACCCCUCUUCAUGCUUCUGCAUCCCUCUUCACGCCUCUGCACCCCUCUUCACCACACUUCACUCACCAACAGGAGUGGGCGGACCUAGAAGUAGAGGCAAUAAUGGCAACGGCAGAAAGCGCCAUACGCUCCAUCCGCUCCCUGCGCAUGGCCUAUGCGCUGCAGCACCAGCAAUGGGCAGAACUUUGA